AUGGACUCUACAUCAAGCUAUUUCUCCAACGACCUGGAUCUGGAGAUGUUCAAAACCUCUAUGUCUCCAUUGACACCGACUCUUGAUUCUCAAGAUCAGUUUGGAAGUUCGAACGAGAUGUCCUGGAACCUGAACGGAGAUUAUUCCUAUUCUCCUGAUGCCUACUUUGGUGAGGAGUCAUAUGACUACUUCGGCUUUCCGUCCGGUUCCGGAACUCUCAGCGCACAAGGCUUCGAUGCGGGUUUCGGCACAAAGACCGGCGGCAAUGAUCUGAUGGACUGGUCCACUACCAUCGGUACCACUGCACCCACAUACACAGUGCCCCUAGCACCUUCAUCCACAACGUAUAGCAGUGGUAGCUAUCUUAGCAGCCCCGAGCUUGGAUCUUUCAACGACGAGUUCAUCUCCCCUGCCGCUCUCGGCACCGAAACCGACAACGAGUCCCUGAGUUCUUCCAAGCGAGGAGCUGACGAGACCUCCACCAUUGCAUCGGAGCCUUCCCGGCCAUCUAAGAAGCAGUGCUCCAGCAAAGCUAGCACUGCUAAAGCAUCCAAAGAGAAGUCAUCUAGCAAAUCGAAGCCAAAGUCCUCGAAGUCCUCCAAGGCAGCCUCCGCUUCUGCCGCUGCCGCCUCGGCCACUAGCGGUCAUGGAGGUAACCACAACAUCCAGCUGCGCACCGCAAGCCGAAAGCCCAAGACCAAUGCCUCUCCGAAGUCCUCAUCACCCGCAGAAGAGGAGGAUGACGACGACGAAGCCCUGACCAACGAGGAGAAGCGUGCACGCCAGAGCCACAACGCUGUCGAGAAACAAUAUCGCAACCGCCUCAACAUGCAGUUCGAGCGUCUGCUUGCCGUGCUCCCGGCUGACCAGCAGGCUGAGGCACGCGAUCGUCACCACAUCAAGGGCGGCUCCUCAUCCGAUGCCGACGACAAGAGGAUGAGUAAGGCUGAAGUUCUAGACAUGGCCCGACGGCGCAUCCGUGCCCUCGAGGAGGAGCGUCUCGCGUUACAGGAAGAACGCAAGGGCUUGAUCGAGAACGUCAGCGAGAUGCAGCGCGCUGUCGUGCGCCAGCGCAUGCAAAUGGUCGGCCAGGCCUAA